GCGUCCCUGGGUGCUUCCAGGCUUCGGCCUGGAUUGGCCUCUGGGUGCUCAGGGGUUAAGGCUGGGUUCUGCCACGUGAGAGCACCUUGCGACAGAGCCACACACCCUCCCACCUGCAGGCCGGCCUCUCACAGUCACCCACUGGGCUGCGCACACUGCCGCGCUGGUUCCACCCGGCAGUUCCCUGCGCUCCACCGGGGCCAAGUUGAGCGAACAGGUCAUUGCGUGAGAGCAGCCUCGGGUCUCCUCCCCAGCGUCCAUGCCAAGUGGGCAUCCAGGGCCCACCCCUUGCCAUCUACCCUGAGUCCACCCAGCUUGCAAGACAGGUGGCAGAAAUGGAGGAGAUGACCAUCUGGGAGCAGCACACGGCCACACUGCACAAGGACCCCCGCCGAGGCUUUGGCAUUGCCAUCUCUGGAGGCCGAGACCGGGCCAGUGGAUCUGUAGUUGUAUCCGACGUGGUACCUGGAGGCCCAGCCCAGGGCCGGCUCCAGACCGGAGACCAUAUUGUCAUGGUGAACGGAGUCUCUGUGGAGAAUGUCACAGCUACCUUUGCCAUCCAGAUCCUGAAGACCUGCAACAAAACAGCUGACAUUACAGUGAAGCGCCCCCGCAGGGUCCAGUUGCCGGCCUCCAAGGCUGUGCCGUCUGGCAUGGGGCACCAUCUCUCUGAUCAGGACGAGGCUGACCAUGGCCAGGGCUAUGAGGGUGAUUCAUCCAGUGGCUCAGGCCCAUCCUGGGACGAGCGUUCCUACCGGGCAAGGACUGGACGCCGGAGCCGCAUGGGCGGCCACAGUCGCAGGAGCUCAGGUGGUGGCUCUGAUGCCAAUGGGCUGGACCUGGUGUCUGGCUACAAGAGGCUGCCCAAGCAGGACGUGCUCAUGAAGCCCCUGAAGUCAGUGCUGGUGAAGCAGAAAAACAGUGAAGAGUUCGGUGUGAAACUGGGCAGUCAGAUCUUCAUAAAGCAUAUCACAGACUCCGGCCUUGCUGCCCGGAACCGCGGGCUGCAAGAAGGGGACCUUAUCCUGCAGAUCAAUGGGGUGUCCAGCGCAAAUCUGUCACUGAGUGAUACUCGGCAGCUCAUUGAGAGGUCAGAAGGGAAGCUGACCCUGCUGGUGCUGAGGGACCAGGGCCAGUUCCUGGUGAACAUCCCGCCUGCAGUGAGUGAUACUGACAGCUCUCUCAUGGACGACAUCUCAGACCUGACCUCCGAAUUAUCCCAGGCCCCACCAUCCCACAUCCCACCACCACCUCAGCAUGGGCAAUGGAGCAUGGAGGACAGCCAGGUGGACUCAGCCAGAGAGAGCCCACAGCUCUGGAGACAGGAAAGAUCAGUGGAUUCAAGAGCUCCUUCAAAACCAGGAUCACCAAUGGAAAGGAGCUAUGACAUCUACCGGGUUCCCAGCCGUCAGAACCUGGAGGACCGUGGCUACAGUCCAGACACACGCAUCGUUCGCUUUCCCAAGGGUGCCAGCAUAGGGCUGCGGCUGGCUGGCGGCAACGACGUGGGCAUAUUCGUGUCUGGUGUUCAGGCGGGUAGCCCGGCGGACGGCCAGGGUAUCCAGGAGGGUGACGAGAUCCUGCAGGUGAAUGAUACUCCAUUCAGGAACCUGACCCGUGAGGAGGCUGUGCAGUUUCUUCUGGGGCUCCCGGCAGGGGAGGACAUUGAGCUGGUGACCCAGAGGAAACAGGACAUCUUCAGGAAGAUGGUGCAGUCCCGCGUGGGUGACUCCUUCUACAUCCGGACCCACUUCGAACUGGAGCCGAGUCCUCCCUAUGGCCUGGGCUUCACGCGUGGUGAUGUCUUCCACGUGGUGGACACGCUGUACCCGGGUCCCGGAGGACAGGGCCACGGGCAUGGCAGCCGCGGGGGCCUCUGGCUAGCAGCACGCAUGGGCAGGGAUCUACGGGAGCAAGAACGGGGUGUCAUCCCCAAUCAGAGCAGGGCAGAGCAGCUGGCCAGCUUGGAGGCUGCCCAGCGGGCUGUGGGCAUUGGACCUGGUUCCUCCACCAGUUCUAACGCACGAGGCGAGUUCUGGCGGCUCAGGGGUCUCCGCCGAGGAGCCAAGAAGACAACUCAACGGAGUCAUGAGGAUCUGUCUGCUCUGACCAGGCAGGGACACUACCCACCCUAUGAGCGUGUGGUUCUGAGAGAAGCCAGUUUCAAGCGCCCGGUGGUGAUCCUGGGGCCCGUGGCUGACAUCGCUAUGCAAAAGUUGGCUAUGGAGAUGCCUGACCAGUUUGAAAUUGCAGAAAGCAUGUUCAGGACAGAGACUCCAUCCAAGAUCAUCAAACUAGACACAGUGCGGUUGAUUGCGGAGAAGGACAAGCAUGCCCUGCUGGAUGUGACCCCCUCCGCCAUCGAGCGUCUCAACUACGUACAGUACUACCCCAUUGUAAUCUUCUGUGCCCCAGAGAGCAGGCCAGCCCUAAAGACCCUGAGGGAGUGGCUGGCACCUGCCUCCCGCCGCAGCAGCCGCCGCCUGUAUGCCCAGGCCCAGAAACUUCAGAAACACAGCGGCCACCUGUUCACUGCCACCAUCCCCCUGCAUGGCACAGGCGAGUCUUGGUACCAAGAGGUCAAAGUUGCCAUACAGGAACAGCAGACUCGGCCCAUCUGGACAGCUGAGGACCAGCUGGAUUGUUCGACUGCAGAGAGCCUUGAUCUGCCUCACCGCAGCCUGGCCGACAGCUCCGGGGACCUCAGCUGUGACAGCCGGGCCAACAGUGACUAUGAGGACACAGACGGCGAGGGCUACACAGACGGCGAGGGUGGCGGAGCCCACACAGGCGUGGAGGAGGAACCCCCACUGCCAGCCCUGGCUCGGUCCUCAGAGCCUGUGUGGGUGGGAGAGCCACAGAGCUUGAGGGAUAAUGGGAGAAUUCCAGCUCAGUGGGAGACCCAGGUGGAUAGCCGCCUCCCUCAGGGCCAGCAGCGCCAAGACAGUGUGCGGACCUACGAACGGGAAGCUCUGAGAAGAAAGUUCACACGAGCCCGGGAUGUAGACUCUUCUGAUGAUGAUGGCUACGACUGGGGUCCAGCCACCGACCUAUGAUUCUCUGUAUGACUACCAGGGGCCAGGCCUCAGUUUCCCUUACCCAACCCGAAUUGCUGUCCAUUGAAUAAACAUUUAUUUUUUUCUUACAUUAGAAAAAAAG